GUCUCUUGAACCUGAACCACCACGUUACAGCACACUUAGACUUGUUGAUAGCGACAUUGAAACGAUGGGCCAACCUGAAGUACUUACGUUCUCGACUGUGAAAGACUUGAUUGACUUGAAGGGAGCGUAUCUCGUUGGGUAUGCUUGGCUUUUUGGGAUGUCUCUUUGGGUGACGUUCUUUGGAGGUGUGAUCGCAUACCGAGCCCUGCCGAGACAACAAUUCGGUGCCCUCCAACACCGCACCUUCCCAGUUUACUUCAAACUCAGCAUCGCACUUGCUUCCGCUUUGCUAGGAUUGUGGAAUUGGGGACACCCGGCUGUGCGAGCGAACCCGAUGGCGUUCCGCCAGGUUGAUGUUAUUCAGGCGUAUACGCUCCUUGCUGUUGUGCUUUUGCAGGGGGCGAAUCAUUUUGUUGUUGGGCCUUAUACGAGCAGACUCAUGUUCCAGAGACACAAACUCGAAAAGGAGGAAGGAAAGGCGUACAACGACGAAGGUGUUUCUCAGGAGAUGAAGACGUUGAAUAGACGAUUCACACAGGCUCAUGGAUGGUCUUCGAUGUUCAAUUUGGAUUCGGUCAUUGCGUUGAUCUUUCAUGGGUUGUGGAUUGGGAAGUAUGGACUUGGAGGGUUGUAAACAUGAUAUUCUGUGCGCGCUAGACCGUAAACGGCCUGCGAUGACGUGGGUUUGUUGGUUGAUGAUGAAACAUUGAAAGUGUGUUUGUUAAGUGCCUUGUCCCUUCUGCUUUGUUUCGCUGUGUCUAGUCAAUAGUCGAAUACUGCAUUAUAUUUCCCGUUUUUGUCCUUAAUACUCUUUCAGUGAAAUCGUCUCGGACUAGCCC